CAGCUCAGGGCCGGCCCUGGGUAUGGCUUUCACAAAGUGGCGCAUCUUGUCUCCAAGACCGGGACACCAGAGAGUCAGGAUGCACAGUCCGAACAUGUUCACUGGGAAGGUAGCUGCUAUUAUUGGUUUGGGAGUAGGUGCGAUCCUUGUGUUUCCAGGCAGGGACGCGCCGGACUCAGCGGGCAGCGGGCACCCGAUAUGGAGGGGGACGGGGCUGCCCGGUGUCCUAGCGUGGGCUGUGGUCUGCACCGUCGCCGGAGCUUCGGUCCUCGCCAUGGGUUGGCUGUACAGGCUGCUAUUCUCCCCCCUGGAGCUCCUUAGGACGCCCCAUGAAGUGGGAUACAUCGCCGAGGACGGUCGCUCCAAAGCCCAGGCGGCCAACGAGGUCCGACGCAGGAGGAAGACCGGAGAGCUGCCUCCGGUGUAUCCAAACGGCUGGUACCGGGUGCUGGACUCACACCUGCUGCAGAGGGGCGAGGUCAAAAGUGUCUCUGUUCUAGGUGAGCAGGUGGCAGUGUUUCGGGGCCAAAAUGGGAAGGCCUACGUGCUGGAUGCCUACUGCCCUCACCUGGGUGCCAACCUGGCUGUGGGAGGACAGGUGGUGGGAAGCUGCAUAGAGUGCCCGUUUCAUGGAUGGCAGUUUCGGGGGGAUGAUGGCAAGUGUGUGAGGAUCCCCUAUGCAGAAAAAGUACCAGAGUUUGCCAAGGUGCGCAGCUGGCCCAGCUGUGAGGUCAAUGGCCAGAUCCUGGUUUGGUUUCACUGCGAUGGAGAAGAUCCUCAGUGGGCCGUCCCAGAGCAGCCAGAAAUUGCAACGGGCGAGUGGGUCUAUCGGGGCAGGACUGAACACUUUAUCAAUGCUCACAUACAGGAAAUUCCUGAAAAUGCAGCAGACGUUGCUCACAUCGCUCACUUGCACACGCCGAGCUUUGUCAGCGGAAUUGAUCUGCGUUACAUCCACAGCAAAACCUUUGCAUUUUUGCGGCAUGACUGGAAGGUUCAAUGGGAACCAGAGGCAGAGCCCAACCAGCACUGUUCCCAGAUGUUGGUGAAACAUGCAUUUACUGUGUUUGGACUCCACUGGCCCCUGUUGGAUGUUCAUGUUGUGGCCAGACAGAUUGGUCCAGGAGUGGUGUUUCUGCUGUUUAACCACAGUUUCUUGGGCCGGGGGCUUAUCAUUCAGUGUGUGACUCCAGUGGAACCUCUGCUGCAGUGUGUCUCUCACAUCAUGUUUUACCAAUCUAAUAUCCCACCUAUGGUGCCCAAAUUCUUCCUCAGGACAGAGUGCAUUCAGUUUGAGCGGGACGUGAUGAUUUGGAACAAUAAGAAGUACAUCUCCAAGCCUCUCCUUGUGAAGGAAGAUUCAGCCAUCCAGAAGCACAGGCGCUGGUUCAGUCAGUUCUACUGCAAGAACAGCCCCCGGCUGCAAUACCAGCACGACACUUUAGACUUCUGACCUCCCUAAACUACAGGAGGGGAGAUCAGCGGAGAAGAUGUCAGAUCAGGGUUGACAUUAAUCAGAGGUCAGAGGGAGUCCAUCAUUGAUUUUAUCUGUCACAUAUGAUAAAUUAAAAGAGGAAAGGAGAGCUGACUUGUGGAGGGUCUUAGCGCUAUUCUGAAAGCCCGACCUUUCAUUAAACCUGACUUUCCAGCUUUAAGUACGCAAGUGCCUACUGUUAUCAUAUUAGCUGCUUGGACUGGAAUGACUAACUAAAUGUAUAAAUGUGAUAUUUUGAUGAACCACUGCUAAUAUUCAAAGCAAGCAAUACUAAGAACACCACAAGUGCUUUGUUGCAAUGCUGCAAUUAUCAAAACCAUUUACUCUGAAAAAUGUGUGAUAGGUAUAUAACCAGUAAGUCUUUUGCUUGAGCAAAGGUUUCAGCUGAUUUUCAGUAUAAACCGCCUGCCUCUAGUUCGAGCUCAGUAAAAAGGCUUCUUCUUCUGCAAUAUGUCUCACAAUACUAUGAUUUGGUAUCAUUGUGUUUCUCACUUUGACUUCAUCUGCCUUCACACUCUUAAGUUUAAGUCUUUAAUGUGCAAUCAAACUUGGCAAUGCCUCAGCUGCAGGUAUAAUGGAAGGUGUGUUUGUAUUCUGAUGGAGAUCUGGGGUUACUCAACAGCCAGCUGAUAGUGAUAUUGUAGUCACAGCAGUGUGCAAUGACAACUUAAAGGACCACUUCACCAAGUUUUUUGGUGAUUCAGGUGUAUCUCUGAAUUAUGUCAUAAUAUGACUGGAACUGGCAUGACUUUUAAGUACCCUUACGCUAUCCAUAGCUUGUAGAGAAGUUAUGUCCACAUCCAGAUUCCUCUAAAAAACUGUGAAAACUUAACUUCAGAUUAAGAAAUAGAACUACAUUUCCUGCUACUGUGCGAGCCAGUACUGCAUAUCAGAUGGAGGGUUUGGGGUAGUAACAACUGAAUGCUUUUUAUGAGUUACAGCGAGGACUAAAGAAAUAGUUAAGCAACACGGAUAGGUAAACUGUUCUUUGCGACAAAAUAGUUAUAACAUGCAAAUUUUUCAUUUGUUUAAAUGUGUUUGUGUAUGGAAUAAACCUACAAAACUACAAAGGUGUGGAAGUAAUUUAAACCUGUCUUUAUGCUAAGCUAGGCUAACUAUGUUCAGGCGAAAACAGGUUGAGCGCAUAAUACUGACAUUAUUAUGACAGUUUGAGGUUGAUAUAGCACAUUUCUACCUAAACAGUUGCUUUAUUACACAUCCAGCAGUUACGGAGGGACAUUGUAAGCAAUAAUUGUUGUGUUUCUGUUCAACUCAUGAAUGAAAGUCCAAUAUUCAUCCUUAA